AUGCCCCAGCGUACUCGUUCUGAAUUAAUUGCGGCACAAGAUGCCAUUAUUACCAAUGUAUUAGCCGGGACCUCCGCCACCCAUCCUGAUGAGGUACGGGCGACUGUUCCUCCAGUGGACGUUCAGUGCCCUACUCCGGAUCCUGCUGACCACCUGAGUGACGUACAGUUGCCACUCCAGACAUCUGCUCCAAUCUCUGGGCCAAUAUUGAAGGAUGAGCAGGCUGUUAUCUUAAACCCGGAGACCCUACCUGCCGGCCCCUGCUGGACAAGGGCUGGACGCAACCUCCGCUCACUGGACGUUCGUUAG